AUGGAAUAUCCCGCGUUGGGCACCGUGGAGGCCGCGGACGGCGGAGGGGCCGGGCCGUACAACAGCUCGGAGGGGCGGGAGGGCCGGGGACCGGACGGGGCGCGCCGCGUAUGGGAAGCGGUGUCCGGGGCCCAACCUGCGGGAAGGGAGGAAGUGGAGCACAUGAUCCAGAAGAACCAAUGUCUAUUCACCAACACCCAGUGUAAGGUGUGCUGCGCCUUGCUUAUAUCUGAGUCCCAGAAGCUGGCACAUUACCAGAGCAAAAAACAUGCCAACAAAGUGAAGAGAUACCUAGCAAUCCAUGGAAUGGAGACAUUAAAGGGGGAAACGAAGAAGCUAGACUCAGAUCAGAAGAACAACAGAAGCAAAGACAAGAACCAGUGCUGCCCCAUCUGUAACAUGACCUUUUCCUCCCCUGUCGUGGCCCAGUCACACUACCUGGGGAAGACCCACGCAAAGAACUUAAAGCUGAAGCAGCAAUCCACUAAGGUGGAAGCUCUGUUGAAACACCUUACAAACCCUUUUUUUGUGGCCUCCACCUUAGCCUUGCACCAGAACAGAGAAAUGAUAGACCCAGACAAGUUCUGCAGCCUCUGCCACGCAACUUUCAACGACCCUGUCAUGGCUCAACAGCAUUACGUGGGCAAGAAACACAGGAAACAGGAGACCAAGCUCAAACUCAUGGCACACUAUGGGCGGCUGGCAGACCCAGCUGUCACUGACUCAUCAGCUGGGAAGGGCUACCCCUGCAAGACAUGUAAGAUAGUGCUGAACUCCAUAGAGCAGUACCAAGCUCAUGUCAGCGGCUUCAAGCACAAGAACCAGUCACCAAAAGUAAUGGCAUCGCCCCUGAGCCAGAUUCCAAUGCAAGGGCAACCCAUUCAGAAAGACUCCACCACCUUGGAAGACUAGCAGUGUUUCUGCUCAGCACCCCCGGUCGGACCAGCCAUGAGCCAGUGUCACGUGACUGGUCAGCUGUUGGCUCCUUCUUACUCCUUUCUUACACUGGAGAGUGCAUAUGCCU